GUCGUGAUGUUAUACGAUUUGAACAUCCCAUGUCCAGCUCAACGUGAUCAUCAAACGAUCGAGAGACUUUUGCUAAUCCUCUCUCGAUUCAGUCAACUGGACACAAGUACAAUCGCACUUAACCAUGUGAUGGAAGGUUACAAUCCAACAAAGUUCAAACGUAUGGAGCCAAUUGUAUUCGAACAAGUCAAAUAUCCAGUAAACCAACUUUCUAGAUUGACAAUUGAUACAAAUACUCCUUUACCUGAUGAUGCUGUCCAAAAGGCACGCGAGUACUAUGAUCUGGUCUCUAUUCGUACAAGUGAUCCAUGCGUAUUUGAACAGGCGUGCACAAAACUUGCAGUGGAUGUGAUUGCCUUGGACUGUUCUCAGAGACUGCCUUUUCAUAUUGACCCGCUCUUGGUUCAAGCAGCAGUUGACCGAGACAUUUAUUUUGAAAUCUGUUACAGUCCUGGAAUUCGAGAUGGUACUGCCCGAGGUUAUUUGAUUCAGAUAUCUAAACAAUGGGCCAAUUACACUGGUAAACAUCAUUUGUUGUUUUCUAGCGAGGCAUUAUCUGUCUCGGAUAUUCGUCCGCCUGGCUUUGUAUAUUACUUCGCCAAAUCAAUUGGGUUGCCGAAUGACAAGGCAAAGUGCAUGACUAUGCAUGAUUUGAGCGUAUGGAUAAAGUCAAGAAGGAUAAAUUGUUUUUUUUCCCAAAUAAAUAAAUAAAUAAAUACACAACAU